CCGACUCUCUUAGCAGAAUGUUAGUUCCUGCUCUUCCCUGGCCGUUUCCUGUACCCGUACAGUGUUGUGAGACGGAGAAAGCCAUGUGUGUCGAUGCAAAGUUCACUUAAACACUGAAAGAAAAGGACGUGCACAGAGUCUAGCUAACCUUCAGAAGUGUCUUAAAAGUUGUGCCCAUCUCCCUUUGUGGAGAGGGCAAGAUGGCAGAUCCAAUCAUGGAUCUCUUUGAGGACACACCUCUAUUUAACUUGGAUGCCCUACCAGAUGACUCCUACUCUCAAGUCUCUGAUCCCGUGGAGGAGGCUUUAAAGUUGGCGCUUGGCCAAGUGGACCCCCCAGUGGAGCCAGAACCUGCACCUGAGCUAGCGAUCGAUACAGGUCUUGGCCUUCCUCUGGCAACUCACCCCAUCCCUGAUCCUGCCUCUGUUGCUGCCCCGAUUGUUCAACCGACUCCGGUGGCUCAGACUAUUUCCAUUGCGGCAGCUCCGGCUAUAACACCAGCUCUCACCUCUGUGGAAAAUGCACCCCAAAUCGCGGCCCAGACCAGUGGGGCCAUCACCACCAGCACAAGUGUGCCCUCCAACAGCACCGUCCUCCUGAGCCCAUCAAUGGCUGUUUCCAGCUCUGCUGGAGCUGGCACCACACAACAGCUCACUCAGAUAACUCACCAACUCACUCCUCAGCAACUAGCUGCCAUCACACAGCAAGCAGGGGGAAAAAUAGUUAUCCUUAAAGGUCCCCAGGGUCAGGCCCAGGUCCUGCAAACUGUACCUGGAGCUGCAGGCCAGGCGGGAGGAAAAGUCAUCCGCGUGAUGUCAGGUUCACCCAUCAAGCCCGGAGUGUCAAUCUUACAAGGUGGAACUGUUGUCAACCAGGCAGCACCUGGCCAAGCUCAAGUCAAGGUUGGUACCUCCGGGGUGCAGAGACUACUGCAAUCACCCAAUGGACCAGUGAAGCAGGUGCUUCUCACCUCUAUGCCGCAGCAGACCCAAGGCCAGCAGAUGCAAGUGCAGAUCCCAUCUCAAGCACAGAUUCCACAAGGCCAGGCUCAACUCCAAGUUCAACAACAAGCCCAGCCGGCACAGAUCCAGAUCCAAGCCCAGAGUCAAGUGCAGUUACAGCCAGCCAUGCAGACCCAAGCACAGGGCGGAGAAGGAAAACGAAUCACCCUACUGCUCCAGCAACCUUCCCAGGCGGCACCGGCAGCAGUGGCAGGGCAAACACAGGUUGCCCAGGUCCAGCAGGUUGGUCAACAAGGUGGACCACAGCAACAAACCCAGACGCCCACCAGACUAGUGCUAGGGCAGCUCCCUGGGGGCAAACUAGUACUUCAAGGGAGUCAGCUUGCAGCUCUGACCCAGGGUCGGGCUGCUGGCCAGGCUGGAGGACAACCUAAGGUUCUCACCAUACAACUGCAAGUGCAACAGCAACCCAACCAGCAAGGUGGAGUCAAGUACCAGCUUGUUUCAGGUGCUGGCAAUACUGGCAGUCCACAGAUGCUUCAGAUAUCUCAAGGCCAGGGUGGGCAGAGAGUUGCGUUGCCUGUUAAAAUGUUGCUGCAACCUCAGACGAGCACGGCAACAUCAAGCGGUGGGUCGCUCUCAGUGGUAAAGGUCAUCAACUCGUCAGCUGCAGGCCCCUCCAGCACGACCACCACAUCAUCCCAGGCCAUCCGAAUCACCAAGGCUCCUGGUGAGCCGGCUUCUGUGCGACGUGUGGAGAUCUUGUGUAAACAGGAGAAGGCCAAUCGAAUAGUCGCUGAGGCACUUGCCAGAGCCAAAGCCCGUGGUGAGAAGAACCUUCCCCGUGUCCUGAACCAGGACGAGCUGCCGUCCACACAGACAUCCCCAGAAGUAGGAGGAACAAUCACUGUUGUGUCCACUACCAAGAAGAAGUCCAGUGGAGGAAGCAGCAAGAAGAAGAGCCCAAUAGCUGGAGCAAUUAUGAAUAAGUCACUAGGAGGGGGUGUGAAGUGUAAAGUGAAAACUCCAGGUACACCAGGAGUAGCAGGCGGCAUGGUCAUAGUCGGUGCUGGCAACAAGAACAAGAGCAAAAUCAAAACAAACACAAUUACUCUGGUAGGAGCCAAGAAGAGAAAGAGGAACCCAUCCUCAGACCACUCUGAUGGAGAGAUGAGCCCAGCAUCUCCUGCAGCUCUGGAAGAUGACUUGACAAUGAAGAGGCGUUCAAAUCGUGUGGUGAAAAGGAAAAAGUACACCGAAGACCUCGACAUCAAGAUAACUGAUGAUGAGGACGAGCAAGAAGAUAUCGAUGUGACAACAACAGCGGCAGCAGUGGCUUCCAUCAGUGGUGGGACAGCAGCUCAGCUGAAGCAGGAAAUCCCGUUAGAUAGUGAAGGACUUCCCAGCAUGCAGUUCUUUGUGGAAAACCCAAGUGAGGAGGAUGCUGCUAUUGUGGACAAGAUCCUGUCAUUGAGGUUAACCAAAAAGGAGGUCAUGCAAGGCCAAUACAUCAAUGUGGAAGAAUUCUUUGUCAAAUACAAGAACUAUUCGUACCUGCACUGUGAGUGGGCCAGUCUGGAUCAGCUGGAGAAGGAUAAGAGGAUCCAUCAAAAGAUCAAACGGUUUAAAGCCAAACAUGCCCAGAUGAGACACAUUUUUCAGGAGGAGGAGGAGCCGUUUAACCCCGACUAUGUUGAAGUGGACAGGAUCCUAGAUGUGUCUCACAGUGUGGACAAAGACAAUGGAGAGCCUGUUAUUUAUUACCUGGUGAAGUGGUGCUCUCUGCCAUAUGAAGACGCCACUUGGGAGCUAAAAGAAGAUGUAGACGAGGGCAAGGUGGAAGAGUUUGGCAAAAUCCAAAACCGCCAACCUCGCCUCAAGAGAACACCGCGACCUCCAGCUGGCACCUGGAAUAAGCUGGAAGAGACCCGGGAGUACAAGAAUGGCAAUACCCUUCGAGAGUAUCAACUAGAAGGAGUCAACUGGCUUCUAUUCAAUUGGUACAACAGGCAGAACUGUAUCUUGGCCGAUGAGAUGGGUUUGGGGAAGACCAUCCAGUCAAUCGCCUUGCUCUCAGAGAUUUAUGCCGCUGGCAUCCAGGGUCCCUUCCUGGUCAUCGCACCGCUCUCCACCAUCACCAACUGGGAGAGAGAAUUCUCCACAUGGACCCAGAUGAACGCCAUCGUCUACCACGGCAGCCUGGCCAGCAGACAGAUGAUUCAGCAGUAUGAGAUGUACUGCAAGGAUGACAAGGAUCACCUAAUCCCUGGAGCAUACAAGUUCGAUGCCCUGAUCACAACAUUUGAGAUGGUGCUGUCUGACUGCCCUGAGCUGAGAGAGAUCUCCUGGCGCUGCGUGAUUAUUGACGAGGCUCACCGCCUUAAGAAUCGCAACUGCAAGUUGUUGGACAGCUUGAAGAUGUUGGAUCUGGAGCACAAGGUUUUGUUAACUGGGACUCCUCUUCAAAACACUGUAGAAGAACUUUUCAGCUUGCUCCACUUCCUUGAACCUGCACAGUUUCCCUCAGAGAACGAGUUUCUCAGAGAUUUUGGGGACCUCAAAACCGAAGAGCAGGUCCAGAAGCUGCAGGCCAUCUUGAAACCCAUGAUGCUGCGAAGGCUCAAAGAGGACGUUGAGAAGAAUUUGGCUCCAAAACAAGAGACUAUCAUUGAGGUGGAGUUGACUGAUGUCCAGAAGAAGUACUACAGAGCAAUCCUGGAGAGGAACUUCAGUUUCCUCAGUUUGGGGGCAAACAGUAACAGUAAUGUUCCCAACCUGCUCAACACUAUGAUGGAGCUGCGGAAGUGCUGCAAUCACCCCUACCUCAUUAAUGGCGCAGAAGAGAAAAUUGUAGCAGAACUUCGGGAGGUCUACGACCCAAUGGCACCAGAUUUUCACCUGCAGGCUCUUAUCCGUUCUGCCGGCAAACUGGUGCUGCUGGACAAGCUACUUCCUCGUCUAAAAGCUGGAGGGCACAAAGUGCUCAUUUUCUCUCAGAUGGUGCGCUGCUUGGAUAUCCUGGAGGACUACCUCAUCAACAAGAGAUACCUUUAUGAACGAAUUGAUGGCCGAGUGCGUGGAAACCUGCGACAAGCAGCCAUCGAUCGUUUUAGCAAGCCUGACUCUGACCGCUUUGUCUUCCUCCUGUGUACCCGGGCUGGUGGCCUCGGUAUAAACCUCACUGCUGCUGAUACCUGUGUCAUAUUUGACUCAGACUGGAACCCCCAGAAUGACCUCCAGGCCCAAGCUCGUUGCCAUCGUAUUGGCCAGUCAAAGGCUGUUAAGGUGUACCGCCUGAUAACUAGGAACUCCUAUGAGAGAGAAAUGCUGGAUAAAGCCAGUUUGAAACUGGGCCUUGACCGGGCCGUCCUGCAGAGCAUGAGUGGCAAUAAAGACAGUAAUGUCAAUGGGAUCCAGCAGUUUUCUAAGAAGGAGAUCGAGGACUUGCUGAGGAAAGGCGCUUACGCUGCGAUCAUGGACGAGAAUGAUGAGGGCAGUCGCUUCUGUGAGGAAGACAUUGACCAAAUCCUCCAGAGAAGAGCUACGACUAUCACCAUAGAGAGCGAGGGCAAGGGGUCCACUUUCUCCAAAGCCAGCUUUGUGGCGUCUGAAAACCGAAACGACAUCGCCCUCGAUGAUCCAGAGUUCUGGCAGAAGUGGGCAAAGAAAGCUGACUUGGAUAUGGACUCGCUCACAAGAAAGAACACACUGGUGAUUGAUACACCCAGAGUUCGCAAACAGACCCGACAGUUUUCCAGCUUACGAGGGGAAGGUGGAGAAAUAUCGGACUUGGACAGCGACGAGGAGUAUCCACCCGCCAACUCUCGAAACUCGCGUUCCUCUCGACGAUCCGAUCGCCACAGUGGAAAUGGCUAUGGUCGUACUGACUGCUUCCGGGUGGAAAAGCACCUCCUUGUCUAUGGAUGGGGUCGCUGGAGGGACAUUCUCUCCCACGCCAGGUGUAAGAGGCGCCUGAGUGAGCGGGAUGUUGAGACUAUCUGUCGCGUCAUCCUAGUGUUUUGUUUGAUUCACUAUCGUGGGGACGAGAACAUCAAGAGUUUUAUUUGGGAGCUGAUCACACCCCCAGAGAACGGACGGGAGCCUCAAACACUGCUCAACCACUCUGGUCUUUCCAUCCCUGUUCCCAGAGGCAGGAAGGGUAAGCGGGUGAAAGCUCAGAGCACGUUUGACAUCCAGAAGGUUGAGUGGAUUCGCAAGUACAACCCUGACACACUGCUGCUGGACGACAGCUACCGCAAACACCUGAAGCACCAGUGUAACAAGGUGCUGCUGCGGGUCCGUAUGCUCUACUAUCUGAAGCAGGAGGUGAUUGGUGAACAUGCUGACUCAGUUUUGAAAGGCGCUGACAUCAGAGAUGUGGACAUCUGGAUGCCAGAGAUGGAGCAACAGGAGGUCCCCGCUGGAUGGUGGGACAGCGAGGCCGACCGCUCUUUACUGGCUGGUGUAUUUAAACAUGGUUAUGAGAUGUACACUACUAUGCGUGCGGACCCCUGUCUCUGCUUCCUGGAGAGAGCAGGCAGGCCGGAUGAUAAGGCCAUCGAUGCUGAACAGCAAACUGGUGACACCGAGCUUGGAGAAGAAGGUGAGUAUGAUAAAUACUCUGAAGACCCUGAGUUCAAGCCGGCUUCAAGAGUUCCCAAAGACGCAUAUGAAGAGCCUGAGGCACUAAAUGCAGAGGAUGAGGUUGCGGUCGAAGACAAGAUCGGUCCGGUCGUCCCCGACACAUCCACCAACCAGAGUGGCAGCUGGCCUUCAAGCUCGGCUCUUACGGCACGUUUACGCCGUCUGGUCACUGCGUACCAGCGCAGUUACAGACAGGAGCAGCUGAAGAUUGAAGCAGAGGCGAAGGGCGACCGUAGACGGCGGCGCUGCGAGCAGGCAACUAAGCUGAAGGAGAUCGCUCGACAGGAGCGGCAGCAAAGGUGGACCCGUCGCGAAGAGUGUGACUUCUACCGUGUUGUUUCAACGUUCGGAGUAGAAAAGCUGAAGAAGGAGUCUGCGUCUCCGGAGGACAACGAUCAGUCCUUCGACUGGACCCGCUUCAGGACUUUUGCCCGUCUGGAUAAAAAAACGGACGAGAGUCUCAGCCGGUACUUCCGCGCUUUCGUGGCCAUGUGUCGGAGGGUGUGCUCCCUGCGACCAGGUCGAGAAGAUUCAACAGCCAUUGCCCAAACUGUAGCCCCCAUCACUGAGGAACGUGCCUCUCGUACACUUUACCGUAUUAGCCUCUUGCGUCGCCUCCGGGAGCGAGUGCUGACCAACCCACUCCUGGAGGAGCGCCUGCUGCUUGCCCCUCGGGGUUCUGAGCUUCCAAACUGGUGGAAACUACCAGAGCACGACCAUCAGCUGAUGCUGGGCGCAUCGCUGCACGGGGUCAGUCGCACUGAGCUCUCCAUCUUCCCCGACACCCAGUUCACCUUCAGUCUCGCCCGGGACAAGUUCAUUCAGAACCAGCAGGCUCCUCCGCCCCCACCUCAGCCUGUCAUGCUCCUUAGCCAACCAAAGACUGCGCUGGAAGUGCCUGGCAUGAAGCAGGAGCUGCUUGACGACGGCACUCAGUUGCUCACCGGAGAACUCGGUGCUGAGCUGCAGAGCUCCCCUUUGACUCACAUUGAUGUCAAGACCCAAGUGCCGGACUGGACCUUCAAGAGGAGUCAAGACGGCGGCGUGGUCAAAGCAGGCGGCUCGGACUCUGAUUCCGAUUCAGAUUCCGGUUCCUCAUCGUCUGAUCGGUCUGGCAGCAGUGACGACAGUGGAGACAGCGAUGAAGAGGGGGAUGGAGUGAGUAUGAAGAUGUGUGAUGACAACGGUUUACACUCGAUGACGACAUCACGAGAUGGUCAUCCACCACCGGAUCCUCUGCGCCUUGAUUGGCCAAAGGACCGGGUGUUGAUCAACCGUCUGGACAACUUGUGCACACUGGUGCUCACUGGGCAGUGGCCCUCCGGGCGGCGCCCCAUUUCAGAGGCUCAUUUUAACCCCACUGACUUGAGAGACGAGCUGUCGUACACCAGACUGAUCCGCAAACCCAGCGCCCAGUCUGUUGUACCACCGGUAGAUGGAGAGGACGGAGAGUUCACUGUUAAACUUCUGAAGGAAGAGGGGCUGAAGCUGACCUUUUCCAAACAAGCCUUGAUGCCCAAUGGGUCAGGGGGAGAGAGCAGCGCUCGCAAGAAGCGAAAAGACCAGGAGUUUUCCGACACGGAAGCGUAUCUGGACCCGUUGGACCGGACUCCUCGCCGCAGAGAGCCUUCCGCCUGGUUAAAGCAGAACCCAGACUACGAUGCAGAUGGCGACAUGCUGGAGCUGCUUGUGAACAGGACUAAGAGGAAGAGGAAGAGGAGGGCUGAUAAGGCACUGACAGGCAGUGAGAAGGUCAAGAUCAUCAACAUGAGGACUGGAAAAAAGGUCGGGACAGCAUUCUGCCCAAUGCUGCAGGACCUGCGGGAAUAUCUGGAAGAAAAUCCAGAGAACGCUGUCGCACCCGAUUGGUCGGACACAGUUCGGAACUCUGGUUUCUUGCCCGAGACACUGUUCCAUCGGCUGCUGACGGAGCACUCUGAGAUUCCCAAAAAGAAUCGCAGGCGUCACCACCACCAUCACCACCACCAUCACCACCUUCACCACACUCCAGAGACUAGCAUUAUGGACUCCACCGGCGUCGUGGAGGAGGAGACUCUGGUGUCGGACGGGGCUUACAUGAUGGACGAGGAGGACCUGGACAACUCCCAUCACUUCCUCACCAGCGCGGACUUCGAUGUUAAGAUGGAGGGGGUGGACAGCCUCUCUCAGGGGGACUAUGACAGCUCAGAUCAGGAAGCUCUAUUGGACGAUGUCAUCAUAGCACAGAAAGAUUCAGACUCCUCAUCCAGCUCGGAGGAUUGACUGAUCUCACCCCCUCCCCACAAACACACGUGACUUAGUCCCCUUUGUCUAAAUGAAUCAAGUUAUUCCUCAUUUAUUUUUACAGGACAAUGUAUCGAUUCUGGAUGAAUGUGUUAUGUUGCUACUGUUAUUCAUUUAUUUUAUAUAGUAUUAUUUUUCAAUGAACUGAGCAGAUUUGCACCCAUCUGUUUUGUUUCUUUAAUAUGGAUGAGUUGUCGCCCUUCUCUCUUACCUCUGAUGGAAAGCCUAUGAGCUUUCGCCCAUCAUGCCUCGCCAGUCUCCUCCUCUUCCUCCUCACCCAUGAACAUUCCCACUGGUGACCAAAAGGGGACCCCUGCUGUAGAUAACCAUUGUUUUGUUUUUUUUUCUUAUCUAAGAACCUCAAAACCGGUCCAGCACCAGACUGAGCAAAUCCACAGAACUUGUUUGCGGCACAUUUUGUGUUCACAUGAGUCUGAACUAUAAGGACGAUCCAGUUUGUGGAUGUACUGUUUUCACUGGGGGCCGAGGGGUGGCGGUGGCGGAAUUGUUACCUAGGCGGUCAGAGGACGAUGGGUGUGUGUGUACAAUGUAGAGCCAGUCAGUGAUGUACUGUGGUGCAAAGAUGACAGCAGUGAAUUAAUAUUCUUGUUUUAUGACCCGACUGUAUCUGUGAUCAUGAAUAAGAGCAAUCUACAGUGACGACAUGUUUGUGUGUAUUCUUGUGACAUCAUCAUCCGCCGCAAGCAGCAAAGAGCCUUCGCUUGUUGUCCGACACCAAACUGUUUAUUACUAUAGAUAUUCCAAUAAAGUGGGUGAUCCAACUCAAUUCAC